UCUCUCUCUCUCUCUCUCUCUCUAAAACGCAAAUCCCAAAACUCGAUCGAUCUUCUCUCGCUCGUUCUCUUUCAGAUCUCAGUUGUGUAGAUUUGUUUCCUCUGUAAAUUAGUAUCUGUAUGUACUUGUGUACUUCUUCCUCGUAAUCUCUCUCUUGAUUUUCUUUCUCGAACACCCAGAGCUUUCUGUUUUUUCUUUUUGGUUGUGAAAAUCUAAUCGGUUUCUUCUUUUUCUUUUCUUUUUUUAUUUCCCAUUUUUUUGUGAUUAUUUUUAAUCGGUUUUAUUUUAUUUGUCUCUGUAUAAGAAAAUAAAAUCUGUAUUUUCAUCGUUAUUAAUGAGCCAAACUCGUUACCAGUCCCGAGUCGAACCCCGAAUCGAAGCGAGUCCAUAGAGUUCCGACUUCUCCCAGCCCUGAACAUGGCGCCGGACCAUGAGAGCUCCGUCGCUGCCGCUUUCUUCUGUUGAGAGUUCCAAGCACCCCGAGUUUGCGACUGAGUCGACUCGGAGAUCGACUCGGCGACUCACUGAGUCAAGGAGGAGCAGGAGGAGGAAGUCCGGAGUGGUGUUGCUUCGGAAUCUGAGCACGGAAAUGCCAUCGGUGGAGAUGAGACGGACGACCAGGGUUUUCGGGAUGGGGAUGGUGAAGGGUGGGGUCGAUGGGGCUCGGGUCCUGCGUUCCGGGCGCCGCCUCUGGCCCGAAUCCUCUGAGUCCAAGCUCGAGAGGGCCCGCAAUGGCGACGAGGACUGGCUCAAACUCAUGAAAAGCCAUGCCGGAGAGUCUGUUGUUGGAUUAAAUCACAAGAAAUGGGCUGGGGCCAACCAAGUCGGUAGUCCAAGACGAAACACCCCUGUUUUGAAGACCUCAGUGGUCAAGAAGCCUCAAAGCAAUGAGCUUUUGGCCGACUUGCUCAAAGAGCAUAAGAGGUAUGGGAUUGUGUAUACCCGAAAGAGGAAGCGUGCCAGUGCAAGUUUUUUAGGGAAUGUAGAGAGGGAAAGUGGAUCUGAUGAUAGAAUGUAUGGGCGGAGGUUUGCUCGGAGGCAGAGGAUGAAGAAGAGUAAGGAAUUGGAUUCCCAUCCGGGUUUUGUGUGCCCAGAAGUGCUAUGCUUUUCGGUGGAGUCUUCAUGUGCUCAGGGUUACUGGGCUGGUCGGUUUUUGUAUUCUGUUUUGGUGUACAUGACGAGGGCCAGUCUUGGGUUGACUGAAUUUUCUGAGUUUCUUGCUUUAGAGCCGAUUGGCAGCAUUUUUGCCUCCUAUGGCAUUCAGUUCUCGCGGGAUCGUUCUUGUACUAGGAGGUCUGGGGUUUGCAAGCUUUUUGGGGCCGAGCAGUUUAUCCCAUUGUUUUCUGUGGACUUUUCUGCGGUUCCUGGAUGUUUUAUGUUCAUGCAUACCAGCAUGCAUCUUAGAUUCCGUUGUCAUCUAACGGUAAAUAAUCUGAUUGAUGGGCAUGAAAAUGGAGAAUUUAUUGAUCAGGGAGAUGAUGAUGAUGAUGAUGGUGGUGAUGGUGAAAAAGUUGAUUUUAUUGAGAACAGGCAUGCGUUGCAUUCAAGUGUAAGAGUUCCCAAAUUAGCUUGUAGAAGCACCCAGUAUAGGAAUGGUUUAACCUCGCGUGGUAUUCAGAAGCGGCGGAGUUCAUUGAGGAGAAGACGGUCUAGAAAUCCUUCACUGGUUUCCCUACGCAAACCCAAUGGAGCCCUAGUUUCUGAGUUAAUCAGUAUUAGGAAGAAUGGCCUCCCUUUUUCUUCUGUAGAAUCUAAGCAUAUGCUUAGGAAGUCAGUUUCAUUUUCUCCUGCAGGAAACUUGAAAGCAGAGAGUUUGACCAUCGAGGGAUCAAAACGGGAUUUAGAUUCGACAUGCUGCUCAGCGAAUAUAUUGUUCACUGAACUAGACAAAUGUUAUAGAGAAGAUGGGGCAACUGUCAUGUUAGAAAUGUCUUCAUCUGGGGAGUGGCUUCUUGUGGUCAAGAAAAAUGGAUUAACGCGAUACACUCACAAGGCAGAGAAAGUAAUGAGGCCCUGCUCUAAAAACCGUAUAACACAGGCUAUAAUAUGGUCUGCAGAUAGUAAUGGUGAUAAUAAUUGGAAGCUAGAGUUUCCCAAUCGAUGUGACUGGGCUAUUUUUAAGGAUCUUUACAAGGAGUGUUCUGAUCGUGUUGUACCAGCUCCAGCUAUUAAGUUCAUCCCCGUGCCUGGGGUGCGUGAAGUCCCAGGUUAUGCGGAUAGCCACAGCACUCCGUUUGACAGACCAGAAUCAUACAUUUAUCUGAAUGAUGAUGAGGUGUCUAGAGCCAUGGCAAAGAGGACUGCGAAUUAUGACAUGGACUCUGAUGACGAGGAGUGGCUGAAAAAGUUCAACAGUGACUUCUUUGCGGAGAAUGAACUUCAUGACCAUGUUUCAGAGGAUAAUUUUGAAUUAAUGGUUGAUGCGUUUGAGAAGGCAUUUUAUUGUAGACCGUAUGAUUUCUCUGAUGAGAAUGCAGCUGCUAAUCUUUGUCUGGAUAUGGGGAGGAGGGAAGUAGUAGAGGCUAUAUAUAGUUAUUGGAUGAAUAAACGGAAGCAGAAAAGGUCAUCAUCACUGCUUAGGGUAUUCCAGGGGCAUCAAUCGAAGAGAGCUCUGCUGGACCCAAAGCCUGUUCUGCGCAAGAGAAGAUCAUUCAAACGACAGCCAAGUCAAUUUGGUAGAGGAAAACAACCAAGUUUCUUGCAAGCUAUGGCUGCUGAACAAGAUGCAUUGCAAGAGCAGAAUGCCAUACAUAAAGUUGAAGAAGCGAAAGCUGAGGCAGACAGAUCCGUGGAAUUAGCAAUUCGCAAACGAAAAAGGGCUCAGUUGCUCAUGCAGAAUGCAGAUUUGGUAACUUACAAAGCCACAAUGGCCUUCAGAAUUGCCGAGGCUGCUCAAGUUCUCGGAUCGCCAGAUGCUGCCGCCGCUUAUGUACUUGAUUGACCAGUUAGGUAUUCCCGAAUCCUGAUGACCGUUGGAAAUUCGAAUAACCAAUUUAAAUUACAGGAGCGAGUGCAGCCUUGAUGCCCCAUGGCUGUUUUUGAAGCCUUUGGAAGACAGGUCUUGGAUUAAGUACUAUAAUUUUGUAUAGGUUUUGAUUGGAUGUACAUUUGUAUUAUUAUAACCUCACACCAAAUUAUCAAUAGUGUACAAGUCGAACUAGUCGAUUUUCUUGGUAGAAAAAAAAAAUUGAAAAAGGGUGAAAAGUACAGACAAUAUUAACCUUAUGUUUUGGUGUCCUUAAAGAUAUUGUUUACAUGAUGCCGACUUUAACUGUUUA